AUUCCCACGCUCUCUAUUUUAUUUGGCUUUCCCACACUCAUUUCACUCCCGCUCUAACUUUCUCUCUCUAAAACCUCUCUCUCUUUCUCUCUCUAUACCCAUGCACCAAUAUCGCAGCCGCCAGCCCCAUUUUCCGGCAGCCGGAGAAUCCGUCGCCGCCUACACACCAUCCUUGAGCGAGCAGAAGCGUGGAAAGAAGCGAGGGAGUUACAGCUGUGGCCGUUGUGGUCUUCCAAAGAAAGGUCACUCCUGCCACGUCAGCAGCGGCGGAGGUGGAGGAGGAGGCGAUACUACGCCUACUGAAUCUACCGGCGAUGUAUCUGCCGAGUACUCUCUCUCUACUAAUAGACAUCCGCCGCCGCCACGUCAGCCCUACUCCCAACUACGUAGAGCGUUGUCGUUUGAUGAUGUUGAUAAUGGUGGUGGCGGCGGCGGCGGCGACGGUGGUGGUCGGUUUGAGCAAGCGGAGAGCGAUGAUGAUGAGUUUGUUGAUCCGAUGAUGGAGAUGGAUGCUGAUCUGGUUUCUGGUGGCUUACCGGUGAGUUGCUUGUGGGAGGUGCUGAGAAGGUUGCCGCCGGCGGGGUUGCUUUCGGCGGCGAAGGUUUGUAAGGGUUGGAGAGAGAUGACUAAGAAGUUAUGGAAGGCGGCGGAAGUUUUGAAACUUAGGGUUCCGUCGAGAGCUCAGGUUGGAUUGGUUGGAUCAAUGUUGCACAAGUGCCCUGGGCUUGUCAAUCUCUCUUUGAGAAUGGAAAGUGAUCUGGAUGCGACGAUGCUGGCCUGUGUUGCAUUUUCAUGCCCAAAUCUUGAAUACAUGGAGAUCUCUACUUCUGAUGCUGCCGUCAAUCGUAUCACUGGUGAUGAGUUAGGCCGUUUUAUUGCUGAUCGACGAAUGCUGAAAAGUCUUAAGGUUGAGGGGUGUUCCAAUCUUGGUGGUUUUGUUCUUAGUUCACCAUGUCUUACUACUCUUUGGCUUUCAGAUCUUUGCUCUCUGUCUAAGAUGGUUUUUAAUUGUCCAAGUCUUAAAGAGAUUUCUUUGGAAUUUUCUCGCCAAGAAAAUGAUAAUACCGACCUUAUUAGCAUGGCUGAAUCUCUGGGAAGGGGUUGUCCAAGGUUGCAAAACAUUCACAUUGCUUCUAUCCGGUUAUCUCAUCCAGUCGUACUUGCCCUUACAGCCGCCCACUUAAGGGGCUUAAGAAUGCUUUCUCUUGUUCUUGGUUCUGAAAUCACUGAUGCUUCAGUUGCUGCCAUUGCUGAAAGUUACCCAAAUUUAGAGCUGCUUGAUCUUAGUGGGUCUGGUAUCAGUGAUAAUGGGAUUGGAAUGAUCUGCAAUGUGUUCCCAGACACUCUUACGAGGUUCCUUGUCGCUCUUUGUCCAAACAUUACUUCAAGUGGUAUUCAAUUUGCCACAGCACAGUUGCCCUUCCUCGAACUCAUGGACUGUGGCAUGGUCAUAUGUGAUCCCAACUCUUCAGAUCCUACAACAGAUGAAAAUAGUGAUUGUGAAGUGCAGAAAACAUGCAAUGCCACAGUCUCACAUAUUUACCAGAAUCUGAUCAUUAAACAUAGCCGUUUAAAAAAACUAAGCUUGUGGGGUUGUUCUGGCUUGAACGCUUUGUAUCUAAACUGUCCAGAACUCAUUGAUCUGAAUCUGAACUCUUGUACAAAUUUGCAGCCAGAGAAAUUGUCACUUCAGUGCCCCAAAUUAGAAUGUGUGCAUGCAACUGGUUGCAAGACUUUGCUAGUUGGAACUGUUCAGACUCAGGUAAAUAACCGUACUGAAACAUUUGGAAAUGUUAUACUGUCCAAACGAUUUGGUGAUGGCUCAAAGAGGAUUCGGGUUCCUCUCUUUCUCAAUGCACAGUCAUAUGAUGAUGAUUCAAAGCGAAGAAGGGUUGAAAGGCGAAAAUGCAAUGUUAUUGUAAGCUAAGCUGAUUAACAUAUCCUCUCUUCUGAACAUUUUUGCCGUAUAACAUGGCAGAGGCUGUUUCUGUUGUUUCUUUACUCAUUAUUAUUUUCUCCAAGGCCAUGAGCAGACUGCAGUAGUUUUAUAUAUAAAUAUAUAUAUAAUUAUAUAUAUAUAUUAAAACAGAAAAGAAAAGAAAAAAUGAGGGGUUGGUUGGUGCCUGCCUUGUAGAAUAUCAUUGAACCCCAACCCCAAACCAUAUUGAAACUUUGGUGGGAACUCUUUGAUUAUAUAUAUAUCUCAUGAUUCUAAUUCUAAUAAAGAUAUGUAUUCCUUACUACUGCUA